GCCUCACACGCCCAAAGCGUGCUUUGCAACUUACAGCGGUCUUCAGUUUUCAUUAAAACGGUGUCGUUUGGCUUCUGAUCCCAACUUAAAUGCCCUAAUUCAUGACAUGGGCCAAAAGGUAAGACCUAAGGAAAUUAUUCGGAUCCGGUUCUCAGAAGAAAAGGGCUUACUAGACUUGGCCCAUUGGUAAUUAAGAUUAGCAACAUUUGGGCCCAUGCCCAAAUACGAUCUCAAUGCGUGAACUCUCAAAUAUCUAUUGAUCGACGAAUUUCGAAUUUUGGUACAAUUUCUACACAGCAGCAGCAGGAGCCGGAAAAUGGCGGGAAAGGAGGAGACUGCAGCUUUCGUCGCGGCACCGAAGCCGAAAUUUGAUGGCGAAUCGGAGGUGUGUUGGAGAAGAGAAGUCGAUCAAAAUUUCAAGCGUCUUCAGUGUCUGUUAUUCGGCGCAGACGCGGCUCUGGAGAAGGGUGAUUUCGGCUCGGCGCAAGUGCUAUCCCUAGGGCUCAUUGGAUUUCUGGACUCUCGCUCCAAUUCCUCAGUAGACGAGGCCUUCAUUCGCCCCAUUCGCAGUGAAGCUGUAUCCAAACUCGGCUGGGCUCGGCGCGCCUUGAUUCCUGAUUCCGAUCGCCAAGCAUUCGCGCAAGCAGGCAAGGAUCCAGGCUGCAUAUUCAGAAAGAGAGGUGAUAUUGAUUUGCAGAAGAUUAAGGAAUCCAAGUAUUUCCAAGCAAUUUGUCCGCAGUCCAGUGAAACAACUACAUAUGGAUUUAGAAAGCAACCUGACAAGCAGGAUAACUUGAAGACCUCCAAGACUCUCAUACAGGCAAAACUGACUUCCAUAUAUGGUAAUGGUCCUAAAGAAGACAAUCGAAGGUUCACGAGAGAAAAAAUAUCAGAAGAUUACGAACCUACUGAAAAAAAUAGUAUAAGCUACAACUAUCCCCGAAAUCAUUCUAUGCCUACCAUUAUUAAAAUAGAGGAUGAGGAAGGAGCUCGUGGGAUUGGUUUUAGAACAAAACGGUUGCAUAGGGAAACUAUUAGCCCUAGAACUGAAAACCUGAAAUCCCCAUCAGGCAGUGAAGAAGUUGAGGUUGAGGCUUCCAGUAAUGGAUUUGUUACUGCUAGAGCAAAACUGGAAAUGGAGGCUAGGAAAAAGCGAGGCUUAACUGGAUCGCCAAGUGCAUCCGUCUCGCCUCAAAGUGAUGCCGGAGCUCACAGGGGUUAUGGAGCCAGAUCUUAUGGGUUUUCUCGUCGUGGAGUGAGAGGUAAUUUUGUUCCUCCGAUCAGAUCGACUGGAAAUAAUACAGGCAAUGUGACUUCACGCACUUCUGGGAAGGGUGAAGAUGCAGUAGAAGAUUCCACAAAAAGAUGUUUGGAGUUGCUAUGCGGUCCUGAUGGUGAGCUUCCUGAAAAGUUACGGAAUUUAGAACCAAGGCUUAUUGAGCAUGUCAGUAAUGAGAUAAUGGACAGAGACCCCAAUGUCCGCUGGGAAGAUAUCGCUGGUUUGGAGCAUGCAAAAAAAUGUGUGACAGAGAUGGUGAUAUGGCCUUUGCUGCGUCCUGACAUAUUUAAAGGUUGCCGUUCUCCAGGCCGUGGUCUUCUCCUUUUUGGACCUCCUGGAACUGGCAAGACUAUGAUUGGGAAAGCAAUUGCUGGAGAGGCUAAAGCAACAUUUUUCUACAUAUCAGCCAGUUCAUUGACAAGCAAAUGGAUAGGUGAGGGUGAAAAGCUUGUGAGAGCACUUUUUGGCGUUGCUAGCUGUCGCCAACCUGCUGUGAUAUUUGUGGAUGAAAUAGACUCUCUUCUGUCUCAGCGCAAGUCAGACGGUGAACAUGAAUCCAGUAGGCGACUAAAGACACAAUUCCUCAUUGAAAUGGAAGGCUUUGACAGUGGGAGCGAGCAAAUUCUACUAAUAGGUGCAACUAAUAGACCUCAAGAACUUGAUGAGGCUGCAAGGAGACGACUCACGAAGAGACUGUACAUUCCACUCCCCACUUCAGAAGCAAGAUCCUGGAUCAUAAAGAACCUACUGGUGAAAGAUGGAUUGUUUAACCUUUCAAAUGAAGAUAUUGAUACUAUUUGCACAUUGACUGAAGGAUACUCGGGAUCUGAUAUGAAGAAUUUGGUGAAAGAUGCUACUAUGGGUCCACUGAGAGAAGCUCUAACACAGGGUAUAGAAAUUACAAAGCUGAAGAAGGAUGAUAUGAGGCCAGUAAAUCUUGAGGAUUUUGAGAAAGCAUUACAAGAGGUGAGGCCUUCGGUUUCACUCAACGAACUUGGCACGUACGAGAAGUGGAACCAGCAGUUCGGUAGCUUGUCGCUGUAGCAAAUGUCCAGAUAUUGAUUCAAAAUGCUGUAAGAUCACUUGCUUACAUCAACUUUUGCAAAUUGUUUUAUAGCAUUCGAACCUAAAUUGAACUAAUAGAUUCAUAAUAAUAAUAAUAAUAGUAAUGUCAUAAUCACGAGACUCUGAACCAGUUCAAAUUAAUUAGUCGAUCUUAGUUUCUCGUGCCUCAAGUCUUAAGAGUUCUGGCUAAGGUUAAUUCUCUAACUAGUUGAAUUAGUGACCAAAAAAUUAGGAAAAGAAAACUGUAGCAUGUGAAGCAUCUUGACAUUAGUGAGUUUGUCUGCCACUUGUAGGUGCUUAUCGCUUAAGUGAUAAUGUAAUACUAAUAUAUCCAUGUUAUACUGUUUUGUUGUCCAA